UUGUACCAAUAUAAAAUGAAAUAGUUUGUACGAUAGAUAAAAGGAAGAAGAACAGCGCUGGUAGAUGUUUGUGAGAUGAUGACUUAUGCAGCAGCAGCUGCAGCAGCAGCUCUGGUUGCUCCGUUCCCAUCUCCAUCUCCAUCUUCAACUUCUCUUCUUUCUUUGAAUUCUGCAGUUGAUGUUGUGGAAGUGCAGCACAAUCAAGAUUCUGUCUAUAAAUGGCGCCUCGUUUUGGCUUAUGAUGGAACCCGAUAUGCAGGCUGGCAAUAUCAAGAGUCUCCCCCUACUGUACAAUGCGCCGUAGAAAAAGCUUUAAUUCAAACAACAAAGCUUCCAAGGAAGGAUCUCCAGUUGGUUGGUGCAAGCAGGACUGAUGCAGGAGUCCAUGCUUGGGGUCAGGUUGCACAUUUUGUUACACCAUUUAAUUACGAAAACUUGGAUAGAGUUCACAUGGCUUUGAACGGUCUUCUUCCUUCUGAUAUCCGAGUUAGAGAGACAAGCCCUGCAUCUGCUGAAUUUCAUGCUCGUUUUUCUGUAAAAAGUAAGAUUUAUCAUUACAAGAUUUACAGUGAUACCAUCAUGGACCCGUUCCAGCGCCGUUUUGCUUACCAUAAUAUGUAUAAACUCAAUACCGCUGCUAUGAGAGAAGCUGCAAAAUAUUUUGUUGGGAAGCAUGAUUUCACUUCUUUCGAAAAUGCAUCUCACAAUGAUCGCGUACCAGAUCCAGUGAAGCAUAUUUUCCGAUUCGAUGUGAAAGAAAUGGGAGCUCUUUUGCAGCUAGAAGUUGAAGGCUCGGGUUUCUUGUAUAGACAAGUCCGAAACAUGGUGGCUUUGUUGCUUCAAAUCGGGAAGGAAGCGAUCCCUCCAGACAUUGUUCCAUAUAUUUUGGCAAGUCGAGAUCGCAAGGAGCUGGCAAAAUACAGCUUCUAUUUGCCACCACAUGGUCUUUGUCUUGUUUCUAUCAACUAUAAUGAAAGUCACCUGUUGCCUCCACCAGAUUGCCCUGCAAAAAGUUUUGGUAUGCAUCAUACCAUAAGAAAAUGCAAGGUUGUAUACUAUUGAUAAUAACUAGGUAGCAGAACAAAACAGUCUAAAAUUUAAAUAUUUAUGGACUGAUUUUUUUCACAUUCAUUUGAUGUGUGCGCUUCAAGCUGCAUAAUCAUAAAUUGUUGGAGCAGUGGGGGGCAUAAAAUAGGAAUUUAACUUUUAGGGCUGUUUCAGAGAUGUAAUUGAGUUGAAUUUCUGUAUUUGAUAAGUGAUAUUUGUUUAAUCCAAAAAAUUAGUUUAAUGGUGACUA